GUUGAUGGGUUUUUCCGAUUGUUUCAGCAGUAGCAAAUUUGUUGGUGAAUCUCAUUGGCGUUUGGUUCUUCAGAAAUUAUGCUCAAAAUAAUCAUGUAUAUAGAAAGGCUGAAGAUAUGAAUUACCACUUAGUUUGCUUACCUGUUCUUGCAGAUUCCAUUCGCAGGUUUAAUUUUAGCUUCGUGGUUUUUGUCCCUUGGGGUCAACAAUGCUGAAGUUUUAUGUUUGGGAUUAGUUUCAGUAGCAGUCUUCAUGCUUGUCAUGUCUCUCUUCAAAGCUACUGGGGGUGUAUUGCCUCAAAUGGCACCACAGCGUUGAGCAAAUGCUGGCAGCAGAUUACCUCUUGUGAAGAUGUUACAGAAGUUUCCCAAGCUCGCUUUUGGGAACUAGUACCUGGUCAUGCCACUGGCUCAAUUUCACUACUGGUUAAGAAACAAAUGGAUGAUCGGCCAGUUCUUGAGAUCGUGCAUAAUUUGUUCCAUGAUUUGGGAACGCAGCAAUUGACAGUGCAGACUGGUAAUGAAUGAGCUUCGACCUUUUUCUUUCUUCCCUUUUUUUUAGUCCCUGGAUUUCUACAAUGGCUGACUGAUGAGAAAACUUCAUAACUGGUUCAUAACUGGAAUCACUUUCUCAAUACUCGAUAAAAACAAACUUUGGAA